AUGGAUGUAAAUUAUGGAUUCCCCCAAAACAAGAGCUCUAGCAAAGAUAUUUGCCUUGCAGACAGUGCAACUACUCAAACAAUCCUUCGAGAUCGAAAGUAUUUCUCAAACUUGAUGCUUACAAAAGCACAGGUAACAACCAUAUCAGGACCUACAGACCUGAUUGAAGGCUCAGGAGUAGCCCAAGUUAUGUUACCAAAUGGGACAAUACUGUCCAUUCAAGAUGCCUUGUAUUCAUCUAACUCCAGAAGAAAUCUGUUGAGUUUCAAAGAUAUUCGUUUGAAUGGUUACCAUGUUGAAACAAAGAAUGAGAAAAACAUGGAAUAUCUUUGUAUUAUUUCCAAUGAUAUCCAGAAGCGUAUAUUGGAAAAGCUCUGUGCGCUCUCAUCAGGGUUGUACUAUACAACCAUACGGACAAUUGAGGCACAUAGUGUCAUGGACCAGAAGUCCAUUGACUCAAAUACUUUCAAGCUUUGGCAUGACCGGUUGGGUCAUCCUGGAUCCACCAUGAUGCGUAGGAUCAUUACCAACUCUAAAGGACAUCCCUUAUUGACAAAACACAUUAUGGUAUCAAAUGACAGCUUUUGUCAAGCGUGUUCACAAGGGAAGUUGACUUUUGAUGAUUACUGCAUGUCGUUAGGCAUUGACAUUGAACAUCCUGUUCCCCAUGUUCAUACUCAAAAUGGUUUGGCAGAAGCUUUGAUUAAGCGUCUUCAAUUGAUAGCACACACAUUGCUAAUGAGAACAAAGUUGCCAGUCUCUGCUUGGGGAUAUGCCAUUUUACAUGCAGCAUCUCUGGUGCGGUUGAGGCCCGUCGCCAACAAUCAAUAUUCUCCAAUUCAGCUUGUGUUGGGCAAUCAACCAAAUGUUUCACAUUUAAGAGCUUUUGGUUGUGCGGUUUAUGUGCCUAUUGCACCACCGCAACGUACUAAGAUGGGCCCUCAACGCAGAUUGGGAAUUUAUGUUGGCUUUGAUUCACCAUCUAUCAUCAGAUAUCUGGAGCCCCUGAUGGGUGAUAUCUUUAGGGCACGAUUCGCCAAUUGUCAUUUUGAUGAGACAAUUUUCCCACUAUUAGGGGGAGAAAAAUCUGUUCCUAAAGAACAAGGCAAACCUGUUCCUGAAGAACGACGUGAAUUAUCAUGGGAUGUACCCACUUUGUUUUAUCUCGAUCCUCGUACCGCUCAAUGCGAAAACGAAGUGAGAAGGAUCGUUCACCUCCAAAGCAUUGCAAAUCAUAUGCCAGAUGCAUUUAAUGAUGCAACGAAGGUGAUGAAAUCGCAUAUCCCAGCUGCAAAUGCACCUGCAAGGAUUGAUGUUCAUAAUGGGCAAAGCAAUGUGCCAGCAAACGACUCAUCUGUUGCACGCCUGAAGCGUGGCAGACCAGUAGGCUCAAAGGACUCAGUUCCUCGAAAGAGGAAGUUGAUAGCCAAAAUGAAUGCAAAUGAAAUAAAUGGAGAGCCCAUAAUUCAUGAUUCAAAUUCCCCCCAAGAGGGACGGGUACUUCCUGAGAAGGAAAAUGUCCCUGAUGAGACACGUGCUCCUGAAGUGGUAGCUGUACCCGAAAAUCAAGAAAUCUCCAUAAAUUAUACAUCCACUAAUGAAGUGUGGAACAGAAAUGAGAUAAUCAUCGAUAAUAUAUUUGCAUUCUUAGUGGCUACUGAGAUCAUAAAAGUUAAUGAUGUUGAGCCUUGCUCCAUUGAUGAAUGCACACAGAGACAUGAUUGGCCUAAGUGGAAAGAUGCAAUCCAGGCAGAAUUAGACUCUUUGGAAAAAAGGAGUGUCUUUGGCCCUAUUGUUCCAACCCCACUCAAUGUGAACCCUGUAGGUUACAAGUGGGUAUUUACAAGAAAGCGCAAUGAGAAAAAUGAGAUUGCGAGAAAAACUUGA